AUGGUAUUUUUGAAAUAUUUGACGAUUAUUUAUAGCAGUCAACUCAAUCAUCGAUAUUUUGAAUACAGCAUCAACACCAUUUUAUAUCAAAGAGGACUUUAUCCUCCCGAUUACUUUAGUCGAGUGCAAAAGUAUGGUUUGCCUAUGGUAAUUGCUAAACAAGAAGACCUCUAUAGAUAUAUUUCGAAUAUGGUUAGUCAAGUCAAGGCUUGGAUUGAAUCGAAUGACCUUCACACACUGGUUCUUGUGAUUUACGGCAUCGACAGUCAGCGAGUGCUGGAACGCUGGACUUUUGGGGUUGAGACAGAUCCCGAAGUUGCGCAGUCUCGUGGAUCCGUUACUCGCGAGAAAGACCUCAAUCAAAUCCAGAAAGAGAUUCAAGCAAUUAUCCGUCAGAUAACUGCUUCGAUAACGUUCCUUCCUCUUCACGAAGAACAAUGCUCGUUUGAAAUUCUUGUAUACACGAAUCGGAAUGCCGAAGUUCCGCUCAAGUGGGAAGAUAGUGACCCCCACUUCAUUCCGAACGCAGAAACAGUGAAAUUGAGAUCGUUUUCUACGAAUGUGAGUGAGGAUUUGCCUUGUGAAGUCUAG